CAUUCUUUCUAUGCUAAGAACUGUGGUACCAUUAUUGUAAACAGUUGCACAAGUGAUGCGUCACAACUGUUGAUCCUGUUUCAGGUGGGUGUAGGUAGCGAGUCGUUGCCCCUCACGGACAACAACUCACAGAAUGCAGAUGACAAAAGUUCCUCCAGGAAAUCCAGCAGCGAUUCCUCCAAGAAACACAAAUCCAAGGACUCUCUGAAAUCAGAAGAGGUUAGAGCGAACAACCAGUUUGCAGAUCUCUUUGGUCCCCCCAUAAAGACAACAAAGCUCUCGCCCACCACUGCACCCAAGAAAGCUGAGUCUAAACACUCGUCAGAUGGCAAGGUUUCUUCGAAGUCUGCCACUAAACACAGCCCUCACAAAGAAAAGGAAAAGGAUAAAGAGACUACCAAGAAAGACACCAUGCUGAUGAGUUCAGGAAAAGAAAAGGACAAGGACAGAGAACGCAGCAAAGAAAAGGAGAAGAAGCCAGAUAAAUCCCUGAAAAGGCCACCAUCACCGAUCCAAGCCCCCCCUCCUAAUAGAAUUGUCAAAGAGGAACAGAAAAAAUCCGGCCAUGAUGAAUCUAAAGAGAAAGACAAGAUAAAAUCGUCAUCAAGUGAGAUCAGUAAAAAUGAAAAGAAAGAAAAGAAGAAAGACAAGAAAAGUAGGGAUGAAAAAGACAAGAAGGACAGACAUAAAGACCACGAAAGUAAAAAAGAAGUUGUUCCUACCCCUCCACCACCUGUCCCACCACCCCCACCUGUAAUUGAUAAGGAAAAAGAGAAAACUUUUGACAAACCUGAGAAGGUCAAAUCUGAAUUCAAAGAGCUGAAAGAAAAUGUAAAGAAGUCACCCAAACACUUUGUAAAAGAAGAAAAGUUUAAAGAGAAAGUAGAAAAAGAAAAAAUUGAAUCGGUUGAAAAACAAAGGCAUAAACAUAAGAAAAAGGAAAAGAAUAAAAAGGAAGAGAAAGAACUGAAAGAAAAAGAGAAGUCAAUCAAAAAGGUUGAGAAACUCCCACCAGCACCUCCUGUUGUUCCUAAAGAGCCUUCACCUCCCCCUCCCCAGCCUCCCCCUUCUAAGUCCAGAGUUAGGUCACCAAGUCCCAAAAUAAGCAAGGCAAACCCUCUCGGUGCACUGCUGUCAGAACUGCCCUCUGACAAGGGAUCAGAUUCUGAAUCAUCCGGGGAUGAAGAUGCUAAAAGUAUUGAAAAGUUAAAAAUGACCCCACCACCUGCUCCUGCACCUCCUGUAGCGAGAACACCAGAACGAGUGAAAGAGUUUACAAAGGAAAAGGUGAAGAAGAAAGAUAAAAAAGGCUCCUCAAAAGAUGAGGAAGGGUCGAAAAAGAGAAAACGAAAAAGCAAAGAAAAGGAGGAUGUAAUUCCUGAGAAAGUAAGGAAGAUGGAAGAUGAUCACAAGAUCACCAGGGAUGAGAUGAUGGAUGAAGAUAUGGAUGAUAGGCUGUCAGAGCCAUCCAUUGUAGGGUCACCACAAAGAGAGGACCAAGAGAUCUCAAGGUCGAGGUCACCAACCCCUCCAACGAAAUUUACAGAAGAGUAUGUGAUGGAGCUGAAGGAUCUUCAACAGAAGAUAAUGACUUUGGAGGACAAUGCUGAACUACAAAGGGUUGUACAAGUAAUCGCUGAAACAGGACAGUAUGAAAUUACCAAAAAGACUUUUGAUUUUGAUCUCUGUGCACUGGACAAAAGUACAGUGAAAAGGUUACAGGACUUGUUCUUUGCUGCCUCAUGACCCUGAGCCGUUGACUGAAGUUUGUACAAUAAUUUGUUAUAGACAUUGUAUUUGUUUUGUUUUUUGUUUUGUCCCUAUGUAAUUUUUGUUGUAAUUUUUUAUUGUUAGUUAUAAUUUUAUUGUUUUUAUUUUCACAUGCAGCAUUUACAUUUGCAUGGGUCUCGUUUUAUAUUUUAUUAUCGCUAGCCAUAUAUAUUAAUAUAACAUACCAUAAUCGAAGAAUCAUUAUAGAUCUAUAUGAAUAUAAGAUGUUUUUAUAUUCCUUUGUAGGCAAUUAGGCAAAUCAAAGUUUGCUAAGAGUGAUUUUAUGUACAUUUUUGUUAUAUUAUGUAUAUUGUGUGUGAGUGUUUAUUUUAUCAGAGAUUUUAAAAUCAGAUUUAAUUUUAUUAACAUGUAUUUUAAUAUAUUAUAAAAACCAUGUGGUUAUCAAUUAAAAUUGGCCUAAGUAUUUAUUAAUACUACAAUCACAAGUUGAUACAAUAUUGCAGAGAUUGUAGUAAAUAUGUCAGACAAGGGUUGUUUGAAAGCUUUAACUAUGUGUUUAACACUUAAAAUUUGUUUUUUUUUUUUAGGUAUUGGUUUUCACUGUCUUAAAGACUUUAUUUAAAUGUCUAUAUUAUAGUUCUGUAACAAUUUGGAUUUUGUUAUUGAAAGGUCUUUACUUCCACAUCACAACUAUGCAUGUUCUUCAAACGUAAUUAAAAACUGGCUUUAUUUUUCUGAACCGUCCUAUUUAAGAAUAAAUUUACUGUUACAAAAAAUUUCACUAGGCACAAAGAUUAUUUUAACUAGUUUUAAGGUUAGUGCUGGCUUUAAGUACCUGGUCUGUGCAAGCUUUGUUCUGAGUAAGGAAGUAUUGUUAUUUCAAAUAUUUGUAUCACUACUUUCAUUAUAGUUUUAAAAGAUAAGAUUUUACAAAAAGAGUAUACUUUUAAGAUGUUAAUGUAGAAAUUAUUUCUUGAAAAAAAACAUUGUAUGAGGAUUAAAUUAAUUUUGCAUAACAUUCAUGACAUUUUUAAACAACUGUGAGGCUCUGGUAUUAAAAGUUACAAAAACUAACUCACAUUGUCGGCAGCAGAUUCGUAUGAACUUGUAUUUAGUCAUUGUUGUAACAGAGUUUUAAUAUAAAUAAUUCAAAUUUCUUUAAA